UUUCACUCCAAUCACGGAGUAUGGGCUGUUUGCACAACGGACCGGACGGAGACACGUCAUGCCGCCGCCGCCUCCAGUCAUCGUCGCUGAACCGCCGAAGGCCGAUAUGACUGAUACGUGCACAACGUGAACAUGACUGAGUGGCGAGUGCCUUGGCCGCUAGACGGAGGCAGUUGACUGUCGAGUCGUGUCGUUCCGUUCGCGAGCAAGUGGUGUGAUCAGGGACGUCUGGGUUUGUGCACCGGUGCGGCAUCGCGCGAAACGUUUCGCACUCUAUACGACGUCCGGUCGAAAACCUUGGAUUCUUUUUUAUUUCCGUGUCGAUUGAUAAUAAUAAUUGCCCGCUUCCUCUUUUGCGCAGUCUCUCACUCUAACUCACUGAUAACGAUACGCGUUUCUCUGUAAUCCAAACACAAUAAAUAAUAAUAAUAAUAAUAAUAAUAAUAAUAACGAAAAAUAUUAAUAUUAAUAAUUAUUAAUUUCUCGUGACGAUGUCGAUGUGUAAAUAAAACGGUGCGGGCCGUGUCCGAGUCAUCUCCGAUUCCGUUCGUUUCCAUAAUUUCGCGUUGGCGGUUUUCACGUAACUCGCCACCAUGGUAAUCGGCUGUUCGGGUCACUGUAGUUGAGUGUAGAAAGUGCGACACGAACGUUUUUUGGUGCCGACCCGUUUGCCGGCUGAUCUACGACGGACGUUACGUCCCUGCCGUCUCGUCGGACGACAUGAUGUGUGUGCCAGCCCAGUGACGACGGUUCGGUGAUCGUCACUAGCCGUGACCCGCCACCCGAUCGCUCGGUGCCCAUAGCUAUUGAUGUGUUUGCACGUCAUGAUGUCAUCGAGCACGAACCGAAUGAUACAGCCCAGGAACCUGGCUUCGAUAUUGAUGAAAUUGCACGGUGCGUUUGCCGAAGCCAUUACAUCGCCAAAAGCUUCCAUCGACAAGCGCACUCUAGAGAAGACAUGGAAACUGAUGGACAAGGUUGUGAAACUGUGUCAACAUUCCAAGAUGAACCUGAAGAACUCGCCGCCAUUCAUACUCGACAUACUGCCAGACACCUAUCAACGGCUCAGGUUCAUUUACACACAAUAUGAGAAUGACCUUUCUGAGUUGUACAAUAAUGAGCAUUUUAAUGUCUUCAUUUUAAAUGUGAUACGGAAGUGCAAACAAGCCAUUAAAUUGUUCAAAGAAGGCAAGGAGAAAAUGUAUGAUGAAAAUUCGCAUUAUAGGAGAAAUUUGACAAAAUUGAGUUUAGUGUUCAGCCAUAUGCUCAGUGAGCUCAAAGCGUUAUUUCCAAACCAUAGAUUUGCUGGUGAUAAGUUUAGGAUAACCAAAAGUGAUGCUGCAGAAUUUUGGAGAUCUAAUUUUGGAAUGAGCACUGUAGUUCCUUGGAAACUAUUUCGUAGUGCCCUUCAUGACGUUCAUCCAAUUGUCAGUGGAUUAGAAGCUAUGGCACUUAAAUCAACAAUAGAUUUAACGUGUAAUGAUUACAUAUCAAAUUUUGAGUUUGAUGUUUUUACCAGAUUAUUUCAACCUUGGCCAACUUUAUUAAGAAAUUGGAAGAUAUUAGCUGUUACACAUCCAGGAUAUGUUGCAUUUUUAACAUACGAUGAAGUUAAAGCUCGUCUAGAAAAAUUUAUCACCCGUCCAGGGAGUUAUGUAUUCCGUCUAAGCUGUACGCGGCUAGGGCAAUGGGCCAUUGGUUAUGUGACAACCGAGGGUGAAAUAUUACAGACCAUUCCUCAAAAUAAAUCUUUAUGUCAAGCAUUAUUAGAUGGUGCACGAGAAGGAUUUUAUCUCUAUCCAGAUGGACAAAAAGGAAAUCCAGAUCUAUCAAACGCUGUAGAACAAAGUCCAGAAAAUCAUAUCAGAGUUACACAUGAGCAAUACGAAAUGUAUUGUGAAAUGGGAUCUACUUUCCAAAUAUGUAAAAUAUGCACUGAAAAUGACAAAGAUGUUCGCAUCGAGCCAUGUGGUCAUCUUCUAUGCACACCAUGUCUGAACUCUUGGAUGGAGUCUGAUGGCCAGGGCUGUCCUUAUUGUCGAGCUGAGAUAAAAGGUACAGAACAUGUCGUGGUAGACCCGUUUGAUCCAAAGAGAGUCAAAUAUAAAAGUGUUCCCAUCAUGCCCAUUGUAGUACAACAUUCUGAUGAUGAAGAAGAUGAUGAAGAUGAUGAGGUAGUAAAAUAACAUACAGUGUCGUCGUCAUCGGCGACAUUUUUCCAGCAAGGAAAGUAUAAUAAUAACAAAUAAUGAUAAUUAAAGAAAAAAAUGGUCAUCUAGACUAUUUUACUGUGAUAUCACUUUGUAGACUUAUUUUAAUUUGUCUGCAUUGAAUAUUUCGAUUUAAAUAUAACGCAACAAAAUUCCCAUUGCCGAUAUGUAUUGUCGAUAGGUAUUUUUUUCCGUAUGUGAUAACUGAUAUGUCAAAUAAAAUAUUCAAAUAAAAUGUGAUAGAAAAUAAGAAGAGUAAAAAAUAUAUAUAUAUAUAUUAAUUAUAUUUUUUAAUUAAAUCAAUGACAGUAGAAUUUAAUGUAAUUGAGUAUAGUGAUUAUAUUUUAAGGUACUAUGUGAUUGUGUGUUUUUUUACAUUAAUUAUAGAUUUAUAUAUUUGCCCUAGUUAAUUUUUUGAACCCUAUGAUUUUAAAUCGAAUUCCAUUUUUAUUUUUAAUUAUUGCUAUGUAUUAAAAUGAUUUAUACUUUCUAUUUAAAUUUACUAUGUGGACACAUAAUAUGUUAAUGAUACAUUAUAAAAUGUAUCAGAAUUAAAAAGAUUUCCUUACUAAGGAGAGCAAUACUAAUAUUUUUUUAUUCUUCCAGUAUAAUGCUAUUUAUUUAUUUUAAUUGUAUGGAGGUUUUUUUUAUAUACGAUUAAGGUAUUUAAAAAUAUGACUGUAUAAUGUGACAAUCGGUUGUUGACUAUAAUUAUUUGCAUAGAUUUAUGUUGUCCUUUCUAGAAUAUAGAUAGUAAUAUUUACACUUGUAACAAUUAAUUUAGUUUAAAAUAAAAAUAAAUUUAAAUGUGUCGAUCCAUAAGAUUUUUAAUCAUUGGGUUCAUGGUAGAUUUAUGUAACGAUUGUAUUAUUAUUAUUCAUUGGUUUUAUAUGUUUAGAAGUUGAUUUCUAGUCUCCAAGCAAUCUAGUCUAGUUAAGAAAUUGUAUUUUUCGUUUCUCCUAUGUAUAUAUAUAUAUACAUAGGUAUAAUAGGUAUAUAUAAUAUAUAUGCAUAUCUCUUAACUCUAAAACAUUAAACCUUAAAACAUUUCUCGCAUAGUCAUAUUUUCUAAUUUUUUUUAUUACAUACACUUAUAUGUAUUUGUAUUAUAUUAUCAUAUGUCAUUAAUUGUUUGAGUGUUGUAAAUUUUUUUUGAUAAUCUACCAAGGUUUGGUUGGAAUCAAUACACACUUUUCUGUUAAUAUGAUGAUAUUAUGUAGUGUUUAGUAGUUAUGUGUUUUCUUAAGUUAAAUUGUGAUCGAUAAUUUCUUUGUCUAUUUGUAUAAUAUUUUUCAUAUGUUUAAUCAAAAUCAUUGUUGAUAUAACACUUAACGUAUCAUUUUGUUAUUAGAAGUUUAAUCUAAUAUUUCUGUAACAAUCAAAUAUUUUACUCUAUUGUACACGGUAACCAACAUUUUCAUGGUUUUUUUUUUAACGUGUUUCAAUAAAAUCUAAUUUAAAGUCUAUCUUUACACAUAUUGUAUACUAUAUGACUUUAAAGCAAAUAUUUAUAUUUUGACCAAAUGUGUAUGUUAUUGUAUUAACAUAGACUUAUAAUAUAUGUAUAUAAUAUUAAUGUUAUGUUUACAUUUUAAACUAUAGCAAUACUAUACAGUAAAUAUUAUAAAUAUUGUGUAAUAUUUAUCACUUAGAUUUUAAACACUUAUAAAGGCAAUAAUAUGUACGAAAAUUAUUAUUAACUCUAAUUGUAAACAAACUAAAGUAACGUUUAUUUUAGGGGCCUUAAAUAUUAUUGUAAUAUUACGAAUACAGGGUAAUGUAGUCUGCAAGAAUUAAUUUCUAGAGAUGAAUUCCAAUAUUAUUAUUAUUAUAAGUUGUAGAACAAUUUGUUGAUUAUUAUAUUUUUUAUAGCCCAUGGUGGCCAAUUGACAAUUAUUUUUAUUAUUAUUAUUUUAUUAUCAUUUUUUAUUGUACAUCAAGAAAAAACGUGUGUGAUUUCAUAUUGUAUCGAUCUUUGAGCUUGAGUAAAAUAAGUAAAAUAAAUCAGUGUACGUUAAAAUAAACUACAUAAUUUGUGUAAGGUGUAAAUUAUAAGAAAUGCGUAUAUAAUAUAUACUGUAUUUUAGUAUUUAUUUUAUUCAUAUUCACUUUAGUUUGUACUGCUAUCGUAAUUUUUGUAACAUAAUAUAUAUUUUUUUUAUUUGUAAAUAAACCAAAUAGCUAAUUA